CAGGUCAGCUGACCGCCUUGAGGGCAGGAGCUCAUUCCGGGCGGAGAAGCAGGCGCCGGCAGGAGCUGCGGGAGAGCGCCGCGAUCAUGGCCAGCCAGUCGCAGGGCAUCCAGCAGCUGCUGCAGGCCGAGAAGAGGGCCGCCGAGAAGGUCGCCGAGGCCCGGAAGAGAAAGAACCGGCGGCUGAAGCAAGCGAAGGAGGAAGCCCAAGCCGAGAUUGAACAGUAUCGCCUCCAGAGAGAGAAGGAAUUCAAAGCCAAGGAGGAAGCCGCUCUUGGUUCUCAUGGUAGUUCGACCACCGAGGUGGAGAAGGAGACCCAGGAGAAGAUGGUUGUGCUCCAGAGCAACUUCCAGAAGAACAGGGAGGAGGUUCUGAACAGCCUGCUGAACUUCGUCUGCGACAUCAAACCCGAAAUCCACCUGAACUAUCGCAUCAACGGGUAGAAGAGCCUCUCAGCCUUCAGGAAGUAUUCAGCAAUACCGACUCUAGCUUUGCCCCUUCUUUUAUAAAGGCUCAUAACUUAUUUCCAAGAGUUGUAGAUAUUCUCAUUCUCCUUCUCCCCUCAAUCUUGAAAACAGCUCAUUUUGUCUCUUUUGUAGCCUGUCUGGUGUACCAGUUCUUUGUCCUCAAAGUGCAUUAUGGCAUGUUUAAAACAGAAGGUGAAUAUUGGUUUGCAAUAAGUAUUAAAUCGACACGUUGUCCUCUUUAAGUAUUUGAAUGUCUGCAAGGAUAUGAAGGCAAGCUUUCUUUUGCGUACCUCUUCAGUUGUGACUAUGAAUUGGUCCAAAGAACCUUUCACUACCUCACUAGUAGGAAAAAGGUGGUGGAGGUUAGAUUCAUAAAUGGUGGAUCUUGCUAGUUGGAUCAGCCGAGCGGCUUGUGAAUGUGGUUUUGGAAUAGGUUCUGUUUAAACAACUAUUCUCUGUAUAACCUUCCUGUUUAACUUGAACUAGAAACCUGUCCUUGACGGUGCUUCAAGAAAAGUAAAGAUCUUAUUUAACCUGGAA